AUGUCGGGUUUGUAUAAUCCAAACUUCUCACCAGCAAGAGCUGCUUCUCCUCAGAUUAGAACCACUCCUGAUGUCGACAGUCAAUACCUCUCUGACCUACUAGCUGAGCACCAAAAGCUGGGGCCUUUCAUGCAAGUUCUCCCCAUUUGCAGCCGGCUCCUAAAUCAAGAAAUCUUUCGAGUUUCGGGAAUGAUGUCGAACCAAGGGUUUGGUGACCUAGACAGAUUACGACACAGAAGCCCCAGUCCUAUGGGAUCUUCAAACCUUAUGUCCAAUGUUACAGGAACAGGGCUUGGUGGAUGGAAUAACCUUUCCCAAGAGAGAUUAAGUGGACCGCCACCUGGGAUGACUAUGGAUUGGCAAAGCGCACCUGCAAGCCCUAGCUCAUAUACUGUGAAGAGAAUUUUGCGUUUGGAAAUCCCUGUAGAUACCUUUCCAAAUUUUAACUUUGUUGGACGGCUUCUGGGUCCGAGAGGCAAUUCUCUGAAACGGGUUGAAGCCACCACAGGCUGUCGUAUAUAUAUACGGGGCAAAGGAUCGAUUAAGGACCCGGACAAGGAAGAGAAGCUGCGGGGAAGACCAGGGUAUGAACACCUGAAUGAUCCACUUCAUAUCUUGAUCGAAGCUGACUUGCCAGCAAAUAUUGUGGACAUAAGGUUGAGACAGGCACAAGAGAUUAUAGAAGAGCUGCUCAAACCUGUGGAUGAAUCACAAGAUUUCAUAAAGAGGCAGCAGCUGAGGGAGCUAGCAUUGCUGAACUCAAAUUUCAGAGAAGAGAGUCCAGGACCAAGCGGCAGUGUGUCUCCCUUCAACACCAGUGGAAUGAAGAGGGCCAAAACAGGGCGCUGA